GAACAAAUUUUAACCGGUUGUCCGAAUCCGAAAGAAGCAAUUAUUUGGUAUGAUGAUUGUAUGUUAAGGUACUCAGACAGGGAAAUUUUCAGUCAGAUGGAAGAGGAUCCUCAAAGAUGUAGGUACUACAGUGGAAAUGCUACGAAUCCAAGACAGUUUAAUAUGACUUUGUCUAAUUUGAUGAACAGUUUGGCAAUUAAGGCUGUGUCUUCUAGCACCCGUUUUGCUACUGGAUAUGAGAAUUUGGAAGAAUCUAGAAAGCUGUAUGGGCUGGUGCAAUGCACUCCUAACAUUCAUUCAUAUGAGUGCAGCAUAUGUUUGAGAGAUCGUGUUGCAGAUAUUCCUCAAUGCUGCAAUGGGAAACAAGGAGGUGUACUUUAUACUCCUAGUUGCUAUAUCAGGUUUGAAACGUACCCGUUUUAUCAUGAGGCGUCUCAACCAGGUCCUUCUCCACCACCACCAACAACCUCAUCAACAGGACAUGGGAAGAUCUCCUCAAAGAAAUUAUUACAAUUACAGUUCCUACAAUACUUGCUUCUACACAACAUUAUGCAUUUCUAGCCAUGAUGUUCAUUAUAGCUAAAAUAUGAAUUUGCGUAGCUAAAUGGUUUAGCUCAAAUGUAAUGUUUUAUAGCUUAUCGUAACUAUAAGUGGCGCAGCUAAAAGUUAGCCAUGUAACUUUUGCUUACAUAGCUAACAGUUUAUUUUUUGU